GUAUGCCCUUGGGGGAAAAGACCCGCUCUUCAUCUGCGUGGGGAAGAUUGGAAACCCAAAAUGUUCCCAGCAUUCUCUCUGAAUUAGGCCGCUCAGGCAACGAGGAUGAGGAGGAGCAGCCUGGAUGGCUCGUCCGAGAGCAGCUCAAGCAGAACGGGCGAAGACGCUCGCUCUCCAGUCCGUCACACAGCGCUAUCGAUCCCACUUUCAGCCUCAAGGAGAUGAAACAGGCAUUUGAGGUUUUGGAAAAAGACGGCUUUGAGGCAAUUGAUGCAAAGAGUUUUGUGGGCAUCGUAAAGAAAUGUUUGCCAGCCACGGACGCUGUGUUGGUUCAAGGGUUAUUCAAGAAGAUUGAUUGCUUAGGAAAGGGAACGAUCUCAUGGAGCAACUUCGCUGCACACAUGCUGCAGGAGUACUUGGAGAGGGAGGAGCGAGCAAGAUGCAGCAAACGGGUCGCCUUCGCUCUGCCGGCCACCAUCACGGCCAGACGCCGCGCCGACAGCCCCGUGGUCAAUAUCCACCACAGUCGCGACGGCGUUGUCAUGACGAUGCGAGAAGAUGGAGCUGUUUCCUGCUGGAGCCCUCAACUUCAGCCUCUGAGCACCAAACGCAUGUUUAGUGAAGCAAACAGGAAGUGGGCAAGUGACUUCUGCCUAUUGGCUGAAUACAACAAGCUGAUCAUCGCCACUGGCAACAGAGAAAUACAACUUUACGAACUUUCCACGCUGGAGCCUUACUGCCAAAUCAAUGCUCUGGACACAGUCCCACUGAAGAUGGACUGCAGCUGCACAGGCCCUGACCAGUGCUGCUUUCUCUUUGGAGACAUGGAGGGAUGCAUCAAUAUUAUUUCAAUAUUUGCUGUUGAAGAUACCCUGAGGCUAUGGAAUAAAUCUCCAAAGACGGGAAGGAUGCCCAGCGUAGCGAUCGGCACUGCAGUCCUUUCACCGAACAUAACGUUUGUGCGAUGGAAGGUUCAUCGGGACUGGGUGACGCAGGCCAAAUAUCUUCCAUGUUUCAAAGCUGUCAUCUCCUCAUCAAGCGAGGAGACCUCAUCUCUUGUAAUAGGCUGUGUGCUGCCUCAAACCAACGUCCAACAGGAACUGAGUGAGAUCCAAGAGGCCUGCUAUGAAGGAAAGACCACAAAGGUCCAACUGAGCUGGACGCCACAGCUCCGGGUGUCAUGUGACCAGACGGUGUUUGCCAUCCACAAAGGCGUGGAGACCUUUGACCUUUGUGAAAAACUCAGCCUGCUGGUUACUGGAGGAAUGGACAGACGCAUACGCAUGUGGAACCCUCAUUCUUCUGGGAAGCCCACUGGGGUCCUGAAAGGUCAUUGUGCUCCCAUCACCUACCUCUGCAUCUCAGCGGAAGACAAUCUGAUCUUUUCGGUUUCCGUCGACAACACAGCUAAAAUCUGGGCCGUCCAGGAGCAAUGCUGUCUGUUCACAGCAGAAUCCAAAGACAGUGGCAUACAGGGUGACAUAACGGCUUGCUUGUAUUUUGCCGCUGUGAGGUCACUGUACAUUGCGGCGGACUCUGUGGCCGUGCUCGCUCUCAAGACCAGGCCCCAGCCUCAUGGCAUUCGGACUGUUUCACAUAACGAGUCGGUCAUGUGCUGUGGGUACAGCAAAGAAUUCCGGAAAGUUGUCAGCUGCUCCGAGGGAUCGUUGGUGAAAGUUUGGGAUUUCGACACCGGACGCCAGGUUUUCGAGUUUGGCGGCGCACACAACUUGACCGCGAUCACUUGCAUGACAUUUGACACCAAAGGCAGAAGACUCAUCACAGGAGGAAAAGAUGGUUGUCUCAAGAUGUGGAAUUUCAACAAUGGUCGCUGCCUAAAGACCCUCAUGAGCAGUGGCAAAAAUCCCGAAUUGCAUGACUGUGUUUACUUAGAUGUCCACAACAAUUCCUACGUGAUCUCAGUCGGCAAGGAUGCAAUGAUUUACAUCUACCCAGACUUACCUGAGGAGCCGCAUCAUAUUCAAAGGCAACAGUCUACAUGGCAGAAUGAAGUGAAAAGGGGCCAUAAAGAGGAUGUCCUCUGCGUGGCACAUUGUCCUCCGUCCCUCGUGGCCACUGGCAGCUGUAACGGCGAGAUUACAGUGUGGAAUUUGAUUUCUGGACAAAUCCACAGUCGCCUGGUCAACCCUCUUCCAGCUGAACACCACAAUGUUGACGGGCCGGACACCAGCGUUCCGUGCAUGAUCUUCCUCAAGUUAGAGCACUUUUCCCCGGCCACAGCAGCUCUCCUGUCUCCAGGCACCGCGGGCUGCAUAAAUCUGUGGGACGUGAACGGCGGAGGGAGGCUGGUGACCUGCUUCGAGGCUUCUAAACGGCAACAAAUGAUCACAAAAAUGUCCAAAACGACCAAAGGCGCAGUGCUGUAUGCUGCCGAUCGCAUUGGCUACGUUUACAUAUACGACAUGGGGAAGUUAACUGUUGGCCCCCAACCCAAGCCACUGAAAGCUGACGCCUUCUGGCGAGCCCACACCAGCAGAAUUACAGGCCUGGAGGUUGUCGACAACGAUCAAGUGGUCCUCACCUCCUCCGUAGACCUCACAGUGCGCCUCUGGGGUGUACACGGACAAUUCAUAGGUACAUUUGGCCAAUCGGACGUGUGGAACGUCCACAUCACAUCUUCCUGGAAGCAUCCCGCUGUUCCUUACGAGGUCUUGACUGAUCCUCUCAGCAUGCCAGAUUGUGAACUUGUCAAAGGAACAUCGUCUGAUAACAUCGAUUGUCAGGGAGAAGGACUCCAACUCAGGACUCAAAGAGUAGGACGAAUAUAAAGUAUUAUUUAUUUAUUUUUUAAACAUUUGUCUUGACUUAGAAAAUAACUAGCGCCCCCCGCAACCCUGAAUGGGACAAGCAGUAGAAAAUAGAUGGAUGGAUGGAUGGAAAUUUAUCAGAAUAAUUUGAAUUAAUAGAUUUUUUUUAAUGCAAGAACAAAGAAGAAAAAUCAGAAAUUUCCAAUUUUUUGA